AUGAGCUCCAGACGGGAGCUGACGAGGACGGCCUCGUCGAAUCUGCGCACCGGCGCCGCGGCUCGCUCGAGCGUGCGACCGGGAACGCGGACCUCAAAUUUGCGAUACCAGCAUGGUCCAUCACAAAGCCAGCGUCCCGCCUCGCCUGCCGAGUCUGUCGCCUCGGUCGCCACCAACGCGACGAAGCGUAAGGAGCGCGAAUACGACUUUGAUGCGCCGGGCCAGGAGACCAACAUCAACGUCGUCGUUCGAUGCAGAGGCCGCAACGACCGCGAAGUCAAGGAGAACAGCGCUGUUGUCGUUCAGGCUGAUGGCGUCAAGGGCAAGGACGUCGAGCUCAAGCUCGGCCCCAAUGCGCUGAGCAACAAGACAUAUAACUUUGACCGCGUCUUCUCCGCCGCGGCUGACCAGACCAUGGUCUUUGAUGAUACUGUCAAGCCCAUUUUGGAUGAGAUGCUCGCUGGCUUCAACUGCACAAUCUUCGCCUACGGCCAGACCGGUACUGGCAAGACCUACACCAUGUCAGGUGACAUGACAGAGACCCUCGGUCUUCUCUCUGACGGCGCCGGCAUUAUCCCCCGAGCUCUUCAUGCGCUGUUCAACAAACUCGAAGUUGACGACACCGAAAGCUGCGUCAAGUGUUCAUUUAUCGAACUCUACAACGAAGAACUGCGCGACCUGAUCGCCGUCGAGGAUGGCCCCAAGCUGAAGAUCUUUGACGACACAUCAAGAAGGCACGCGACGACAGUGGUGCAGGGUAUGGAAGAGAGACACAUCAGAAACGCCGGCGAAGGUAUCAAGGUUCUUCAGGAUGGAAGCUUGAAGCGCCAGGUCGCGGCGACAAAGUGCAACGAUCUCAGUUCUCGAAGUCAUACGGUCUUCACCGUUACCGCCUACGUCCGCAAGAAGGGCGAGGAUGGUAGUGAUGACUAUGUUAGCGCUGGAAAGCUCAACUUGGUCGAUUUGGCCGGCAGUGAGAACAUCCAGCGAUCCGGGGCGGAGAAUAAGCGAGCUGCCGAGGCGGGCUUGAUCAACAAGAGUCUUUUGACGCUCGGCCGAGUCAUCAACGCCUUGGUUGAUAAGGGCCAGCAUAUCCCUUACAGAGAGUCGAAGCUCACCAGACUUCUCCAAGACUCCCUGGGUGGACAGACAAAGACAUGUAUCAUUGCCACCAUUUCGCCUGCCAAGAGCAACCUGGAAGAGACAAUCUCGACACUCGACUAUGCGUUCCGAGCCAAGAACAUUCGCAACAAGCCGCAGGUCAACGCUAUGAUCAACAAGAGGAUGCUUCUGAGGGACUUUGCAACAGAGAUUGAAAGGCUCAAAAGCGAGCUGAUUACGACCCGACAGCGCAACGGUGUUUAUCUUUCCAACGAAAGCUACGAGGAAAUGACGGCGCAGAGCGAAUCACGACGCAUCGUCAUGGAGGAACAGGCAGCCAAGAUGGAGACCCUCGAAGGCAACCUGAAGAACAAGGUCCAGGAGCUCUUCGCUCUGACCUCUAACUUCAUGGGCCUGCGGAAAGAUCACGAGAGCACCAAGGCCGAGCUUGAUGAGACUCAGGGCGUUCUCGAACAAACUGAGGUUGUUCUCAAAGCCACAAGAAGGAGCCUCGCGGAGGAGACUCACCUCCGCAAAGCUCAUCAGGAAACCGAGGAGAAGCUUGCUGAGGUCGGCGGAGAGCUUAUUGCGACCCUGCAAAAGACCGUCCACGACGUGGAUGGUCUCAGAGCGAAGAACAAGCGAAAAUCGGACCUCCAAUCCAUCAACCGAAGCGCAUGGGGCACAGCACAAGCCGAAGUUUCCGAAGUGACGAAUCUGGUGGAGCAGCGAGUACAGAGUUUCCAGGAUAAGCAACGGCAAAACAUCUCGGGCAUUUCUGAGCGCAUGAACUCUUUUGUCAAUGAAGAGUUGAAGAAGCUGUCUUCUACCCAACAGUUCCUCGACGAACAACUGGAGUCCUUUGCCGAAUCGAGAAAGGAGCUCCUGGAACAGAAGGAGAAGUCCAAGGAUGAGAUGGACGACGUUCUCGAGGAGAUCAAGGUUGUGCGCGACACCGUUAAGCAGCAAGUUGGAGAGAGUCUUCAGGCUAUUGCCGGUGCCGCUGAACGCAUUGCUGCAGAUGUCCUGGGCGAGCUUGACACUUUCCACAACCAGUUGCACACUUCGUAUAGCUCCCUUGGUAAAGAGUUCAAGGGCAUGUUUGAGGAACUCGUGAAGCACAUCUCAGAACAGCGAAGUGAAUCCGAUAGACUCAGACAACAGCUCGAGAACGCAACCAACAACGUUAUCGAGGAGAAUGAGAACACCUCGGCUCAGAUGCAGCGAGUGUUGGAUGAGGAGAGAAAGCAAGCGGCACAGGACCGACAAAAUCUGCUGACUCAGAUCGCAUCUCUCAUCAAUGUUCAGGCAACGACCCAAGAGACUCGCCUGGCCGAGAAGUCUGCGCAGCUGCAAAAGAGCGUCUUGGCCACGAAUGUGACCCUGCAAGAUACUGUGACUCAGUAUUCUGAGGACAUGGUCGCAUGGGAUGCCAAGGAGGGCCACUUCCUUGGUGAUGUGGCCAAGUCCCGCGACGCGAUGAAGAAGAAAUUGAAGGAUGACUGGAACGUCGCCGAGGAACACAGCACCGCAAUCCAAGCGACUACGAAGUCAGUACACGCAGAGACCGUUCGCGUCGUGGACGAGCAAUUGAAGGAUCUCGACGUUCAAAUGGAGGCAUUGGACGACUUUGUCACGCGCGCUCGUUCUGAGAACGCCUCUCACCACGAACGCCACAACGAGUCCAUGCAAGGCCUGUCAUCCACUGUGGAGACGUCUUUCGACAACAUCUCGAGCCACUUCAAGACCACCUUUGACCGUGUCAAGGACCUUGGGGAGGAGAUGGACACCGAGACUGAGGAGAUGCAGCAGGGUCUGGAUCCGUUGACCCAGCAAUUGUCGAAGCCAUUGACUGCGCUCCGCGAGGAUAUUGAAACCACAACCAUCCAGGAGUACCGCCCGACAGGAGAGACGCCCAUGAAGGUCCAGUACCAGUACCCGACCGACCUUCCCCGGACGGAAGCACACGAUGCUCUUCUCGCCGAGCUCAGUGAAUCAGCCACUCCCAGCAAGCCUGCGGCUGAUGCCAUGGUCUUCUCGGACUUGGAAACCGACAUGUCUCGCUCACCUCCGGCGCGCACGUCGACCCGUAUGUCGGCCCUUAGCAUGAUUUCGGAAAUGCCCCCCUUUAACAUGAGCCUUCGCGAAGUGAACCCCAACACGACCGGUAACCACGGCUUCGACCCCUCCACGAGCAUGAUGUCCAUCAACGAGAACACUGCCCCGCUGCUCUUUAGCAAGCGUACCUCGACACGGCCUGUGCAGAAGGGUCGCAAGCACACCAGUCUGCUACCCAUUGAGGGGCGGGAGAACGUGCCCCCCUCGUCAUUCUCGUCGAGCUUGGGACCUCGAAGGAAGAGCCCGCGAUUGAAUUAG